AUGCUGGGCCAACUCGUGGGAUCUGCCAUGCUCUUGGUCGCUACCGCGAUCUUCCUCUAUUAUACGGCUUGGACUCUCCUUAUGCCAUUCGUUGACCCCGGACACCCUCUUCAUGACCUCUUUCCUCCUCGCGUGUGGGCGAUCCGCAUACCUGUCAUUCUGACUCUACUGGGUUCGGCCGUGGUUGGUACCUUCAUUGGGUUGGUAAUGAUCAACAGCAACAGAAAGAAAGCCGCCAAAGCUGCUGCUGCGAAGAAGAAGACCUGA